AUGGUGAGCGACCAGCGCAAACGGUUCGGGUAUCUCGAGCAGCUCCGAGUCCAGCUCAUAGCCGAGCUCAAGACUGCGUCGCGGCUUGCGGAUGAAUAUGACCUCUCCAAGGACCUCUGGUCAGUGUUGAUGCUGACGACGGAGAUUAGCCGGAAUUUGGACUUGGGUGCCGGAGGCCGCUCUCCCCUGCCCCGGGCCUCGGACAACCAGUUGGCCCAAAACCCCCCUACCGUCCUCACCCUGCGGCAGGCGGUCGGCGAAGCCCAGACAGCAUGGGCGGGUAAGAAGACAGCGGGGUUCGGAAAGGCGAAGGAGCGCCUAGAAAGCUUCGUGAGCACUCUGCACGACUAUUCGUUCCUAUUCAGUCUCAUACCCAGCGACGAUAAGUACACCAGUCUCAUAACCGGGACAAUCUCAUCCAUUAUGUCGGUGAACCAUAGAAAAAUUGCCGAGAUCUUUGCCCAGUCCUUGGAGGAGAUCGACCAAGACAUCCGAACAGUGAGAAAGGGCCACCAGAUAUCCAACAGUCGGGAGAUGCGGUAUCUAGUCAUGGAGCUUUAUGUCCUCAUUUUUGACUUUCUUUGCCAGGCCAUGGAAUGGUUUCAGAACCCUCGCCAUCGGUUCAUGGCGUCGUUCAACCAGGGAUAUGGAGUGAAAGUGGACGGCAACGCCGCCGGCAUCAAGAAAGUUGUAGCCCGCAUCAAGCUUGAGGCGGAGUAG